AUUUUCAAAAAUCAGUUAGUAGGCAACUUAUUGUUCAAAAACAUGAAUCAAAAAAUAUACAGGAUCGCCUUGACAUCAUAAUAAGUAUGCAAGAAAAAAUGUAUGAAAAAUUAUGUGAUCAUACAACAUCUGUCAACACUGGUGAAGAUAUGUUUGAGAAUGUGUUAAUGUGUAUAGACAAUGACGAGUGCCUAAAUGAAAUGGAAGAGAAAUUAGUCUCAGAUAUGAGCCAUAGAAAAAAAGUGAUUAAAGAACUAGCUCGUUUAAGAGGACAAACUUUAUCAGAGACCGUUAGAAAAAUUAUGCAAGCACUUUUUACUGAUGACUUAUUAACAAAGUAUUCCUAUAUAGGCUUCAAAGGAAAGAAAAAUUUUUCUACCCUUCAAAUUUGCUCUAUUAUAUUUGAAAGUAUUCGUCAAAUGAAACCAUUUUCAGCGGUACCUAAUGUUGAAGUUGAAAAGCCACUAAAAAAUUGGAUGGCCCAAGCAUCCAACCGUAUAAAAAAGACUGUUGAAAAAAAAGUAUUGACCAGUGAUACAAACAGUAUUUGAAAUAAUAUAAUAAUGGGUGUUUGUUUUAA